UAUCAAUGGGUUAUUGUUAUAAUUUUAUCAUAUAAUAAUGUAUUUCAACAACGGAACAUAUGAAAAUGGAAACUUCAUUGUUUUAAUCAACCUUUGAGGCCAUUCGAGUGGAGAUUGACGGGUUUACGGGGGUGUAUGAAUGCACCAUGAACAGUCAGAACAGACAGUUGGCCGCGUCCCCGUGUUCGCGUGUCCGUAAGGAUCUGUUUUAGUCUACUAUAUGUAUCAGACAUACCUUACCAUAAAAAGAGAUGAAGUCGCGCAAACGAGUCUUGAAGAGCAGAUCACGUUUCUCUAAAGAGCAGAUGACCACAGUCUCCUGGAGCUCAGAGCUGGAAGGUAUCAAAGUGCUGCAAAAUGAAUUUCAACAGGAUGAUAGGAACUGCGUAUAGGCCUUUUCUUUUUGCACAUAUGGAGAGAAAAGGUGUGGGAGCAUCGUUCAGGUUCACUCAGACAACACGACACCUGAUGGAACUGACCGGAGAGCAGCUGAAACUGACUGAGAUCCAUCUGAAGAGAUAUUUACCUCAGUCACAACAGGCUUAUGGCUGUCUGGUCCUCAGAAACAGAGUCACAUCAGACCCUGUGAGGGUUUUAGUGGACAGAUGGCCAGAGUUCAAUGUCAUUGUCUGCAAACCAAAAUAUGAACAGAAGGGUGAUCUCUUUAAAACUACAGUGGUUUUUGCAAAAGAUGAAGCUGUUCUAGAGGAAACUUUAAGGAAGUCCUCUGUUAUUGACUGGACCCAGUACCUUUGUGUUGAUAUCAAUCUCCGCCAUGUGGAGAUAUUCAAAGCAGUCGCAAGAGAAAAAGGCGUGUUCAACAGCAGCCUGACAGUGAGUCACAUGACAAUACCAGAUGUAUCCAACCUUCCCUCUAUAGACAGCUCGGGGAUCUCAUUAAGCUCUCUGGAUGAAUCACAUGUCGACUUGGUGAAUCAGAUGUGGAGGUAUGGGAGGAACGAGCGGACUGUCAGGAUGAUCAGAAACAUGGUCGCAAACUUUCCCUCCUGCUGCGUGCUGGACGCAGAGGGAAAGCCUGUGUCCUGGAUCCUCACCUUUGCAUCCUGUGCAAUGGGCGUGUUGCACACUCUGCCAGAGCACAGAAGAAAAGGCUACGCCAAGGUUGUGAUCAGCACCUUGGCCAAGAGACUCCACGCUCAGGGCUACCCAGUCUACGGCUUCAGAGAAGAGGAGAACGAGGUGACCUACAGGCUCUUAAAAAGCAUGGGCUUAAGUGAAGUCCCCUCACACCGGGAAGCCUGUAUUGUAUUCAAUGAAUUUUAAAUGUGUCAACGAAGAAGUCCCUUAAAAUCACAGGCUGCUCUCAACAUAGAAAAAGGGAAGGGGGAAAUGCUAGUCGGAAAUUAGGGUUUAAAAGGUUAUGUUUUUUAGCCUCCUAGUGCAUGGGAACAUGUUGUAUUUCCAGUUCAAGUUCAGUUGCCUCAAUCUGAAAUAACUUGUUUCAUGAACAUACCCAGGCCAGCCUUUGGGACUUCUGCGACCCUUCUCGUGUAAUCAAUCUACUGUUUUUUAUCUCACAAUAAUCAGUUUCUAGUUCCUAAAAUGUUGAGGCAGAGGGUGCUGUCUGUAGCUCUGGUUUAGGGUCAGAGGCUGUCAGCAGAUAGUUUGUUGAGCACGAUAAACAGAGAUCUGUGUGAGUACAUGAGACCCUAAAAAAGAGGGUGGGUCAUGGGGAGUACCACCAGUUGGUCCAGGAGCUUCUCCUCCAUGAUGACUGUUUCCAGGCAUAUUUUAGGAUGACUCAGGGGCAGUUUGACAACCUGCUGUCUAUCGUCAGGGCGUAUAGCUCUGGGUAUCCAGCUACCGCUACCACCAGUUUCUCCUCCAUUGUUUACCAACUGUAAACUUGUUGUCGUGACCACCACAGAAGGCCCACCUCUCAAAUCGUCUGAUUUAACAAUGGGGAAAAAGAUGACAAAAAAAGAGAUGACGCGGGGCAUUUCUCUGUGCUAAGUUUGUUUUGUUUUUUUAACUUGAGGAGUUCAGAGCGCUCCAGCAAAAAUGCCAGGCGCAGAGAGUGCAGAAAUGCGAGGCGCAUCCCAAUGCAAAAAAACACACA